AUGUUUCGUCCGGCAUUCGGCGACGUGGGCAGAAUCCUGUUGCGCCGCCGCUGCCAGGCCGCGGCGGCGGCGGCAGGCUCACUGUUGAGGCUGUCCGGAGCUAGGCUGCUACACCUACGCCCAUCGCUUAAUUCGGUCUUCCAACCAUUGGUGACCAAAUUGCAGUCGCUCUUUGUGAGGGACCACAAGAUGCAUGUCAUAGCGAUCCCUGCAUGGUGCACCGUACACAUUGCUCUUGGUCUUGGAGUUUGGCAUAUGAACAAGACUGGAGAGCAUGCUGAGAAGUCUACCCGCCCAUCAGAGAUCGACUGGGUCCAAGCUGGCGCCGUCUCUCCGGUUGUGAGGAAACAAGGCGGUUGUGGCUGUUGUUGGGCCAUGGCUACGACAGCAUCGGUCGAAGCAGCACACUAUCUGCAGACCUUGCAAUCGAUCUCCCUAUCGGUUCAGGAGCUUAUCGACUGCAACACGGAGAACAAUGGUUGCAACGGUGGCUACUAUCAACAUGCCUUCAAGUACAUACGGGAUAAUGGGCUGUCGAGCGAAUCAUCCUACCCAUACAUGGCCAAGAGAAGUGCUUCGGGUUGCAAGAGGGACAAGACGGUAGCAGCAGCAACACGUAUAUUAGGGUUUUGGUGCAUCGACUCGACCGAGGAUGCUCUCGAGGAAGCAGUAGCGAAGCGGCCUGUGGUUGUCCGUCUACAGGGUACGCCUGACCUAUUUAACUACAAAGGAGGCAUCAUAGAGUGCGAAGCUCUACCUGAUGGUAGCGCAACUACAUGGCAUGCUGUCCUGAUUGUCGGUUAUGGUACGGAUCCUGAUGGCGUUAAGUAUUGGCGCUUCAAGAACUCGUGGGGAAAGGAUUGGGGCGAGGGGGGAUUUGGGAGGAUCCGUAGGCACGUUGCUGACGAGCGAGGUGCCUUGGAGGCAGGACUGAGGCACGUGAGAGCCGAACCCGCCGAUGGACCCUUCCUUGACGGUGAUGAUCACCUUGUGGGACUUGGCGAGGCUCCUGAUAAGAGAGCGUGUUCCAACGGGUUGCCGAAACAUGGCAUCCAGGACGGUGACCCUGAGGCCCUGGCCAUGCUGCUCCACCAUGGCUAA